AUGUCUGAUAGACUGUUCGCCCGAUCCACCAGGGAUCGCCCGGCCUGGUACAUUUCGCCCAGCGACAUCACCAAUCUCGCAGCCAGCCCCAUCGGUCGGGGCGGCUUUGGUGAGGUCCUGACAGGAACGUACUUUGGGUCCAAGGUGGCCAUCAAGCGACUCCUGGGCAGCUACAACAAUCGCGAGCUCGCCGAGUACAACCACGAAAUCGAUAUCUGGAAGCAUCUCUCCCACCCCAACAUCUUGCCUCUCCUUGGUGCCUGUGACAAAGAUGAUGACAGCCAAGUAUCUCCCUUCAUGGUGUCGCCUUUCAUGGCCAAUGGCACCCUCCGCAAAUAUGUCUCCGACAACACCGUCACUGUGGAGGACAAGCUUCGCUUGCUCUACCAAGUUGCAUCUGGUCUGGCGUACUUGCACGGCCGCCGCAUCGUCCAUGGUGACCUCAAGGCUGCAAAUGUCCUUCUGGACAAUUCGUUCAAUGCCGUCGUCGCCGACUUUGGCUUGUCCAGCACCAAACACACCUCUGCUUCCUUCAACCGGACAAGAAUCCAUCGCCCCGAUGGCGGGACCGAGGGCUACAUGGCGCCCGAGAUGUUUGACGAGGACGACCCCAGUGGUUCUUCCCUAAAGACCGAUGUCUAUUCGUUUGCCAUCACGAUGUACGAGGUCCUCAAUGACUCAAAGCCGGUUUGGGUCACUGCCAAUGGCCAGGCAAUGAAGCCUGCCCAAAUCUUGUCUCAGAUAUUCCAGAAUAAGCGCCCCAAGCGACUCGAUGGAGUUCCGGACGACAUUUGGCUCCUCAUUGAGAGUUGCUGGGCCCAAGAGCCUGCCGACCGCCCCUCGUUUUCUGAAAUCCUUGCUGUCCUUGAG